AUACUAUGGGAUAGGGAAAUGCGCCGCCAGUCUUUUAACCAACCUCGCCUAUAUUUGAACAACACCUACAAUUAAGUAGAAUGGAGGCCUUUCCAUCAGUGGUCUUCUGUAUAGUUGGAUUCCUGGUUUGUUCUAAAUGCCAAGACCCAUCAAAACUUAAACCAUGUGACCCAAAUGCUAAAAAUACAGGCCCAGCUCUGCCAGCACUUCCCAAGCAGUUCUUCUCUCGUGUAGAGUUCACGGUUGUCAACGCCAGCAAGACGAUAUAUUUGGAGGAAUAUUUUGACCAGAUCAGAAACCGUGCUGAAAUUCGGGCUAUCGGUCUGUUUGACCAGGGCAAGGAAUCGCGCCUGAUUGCCAGCUACGACACCGGCGAGCUAUUCGAUGUAGAAGAUGGCAUAUGUGUGACGACAGCUAUUUCUAAUGACGACACAUUUGUGUUUGCGUUUAACCAGACAGGUGGGAAAGAUCACGUGAUGAGUGCCCAAGAAUCGCUGGAGUUCGGUAAGAAGUUUAAUGAAGUGUACAAGGGGCCCACCACGGUGAGGAAUAUACCGGUGAACCACUGGCAAGCCUGUGUCAUGGAAAACUCAGAGAAAACAACCAUUGAUUACUUCUUCGCAGUGCCCGGUCAGUGGACAGUUCCGGCGUCGUCAGGAGCAAUCCCUAUACGGUCAAUAUACACCACCGAAGGACAGGGCGGCUACAUACAGUAUUACGAGUAUGUCUACUUCCAGGACUCUCUGCCGCCCUCCAACGAACCCUUCCUAACUCCUCCAAUGGUUUACUGCCCUGGAAGGUCAAACACAAAACCUCUGCCAAAAAUUCCCCGCCAUUUUACAUUCCGCGCCGAAUCUGUGAUGGACUAUUCUCCCCUUGUGACGUCAUAUGACAUGUGGUAUGAUUAUGACAAUCAGCUGACUCGACUGUCGGGAACCCCCUUACCCACAGGAGGAAGAACGUAUGGCUCUAACCCAUUCACAGAGGUCAGGGACUUCAAGGCGGGUAUACGCUAUACCAUUGACCAGAUCUAUGGCAAUUGUACAGUCUCGCCUAUCAACGCGGAUAUCAUGAACUCUGUAGACAAGGGAAUUGUCUUUCUAAAAAACCAGUCAGACUUCUUUCACCUGGACGUGGCAAACUUCACUUACGUGGGACAGAGGAAGGCACGUGACAUUGAAACGGAUGUUUGGAUUGGCCAGAGACAGGACUAUCCGGAAGGCUCCAAUCUGACCUCAAUCUGGGAGUGGCACUUUUCUAAGCCAGGUGUAUACUUUAAUACAGGUGAUUCUAACAAAAGUCACCCAGUCAGAUUUACUGUGUCAGUGAAGGGGGGUAAUCUUGGUUAUCAGUACAAUGUUAUCGACUUUGACGACUCUCCGCUGGACUUCUCCGAUUUCGACAUCACUCCGUGUUUUGAGGACAGUAGGAUUCGGCGAUUUCAGUUCGAUUUGGAGACAGCCGAUCAGGAUGAGGUACCCUCCUUUGAUCUGUUUCCCGCCCGAGACGCCAUCAGAACUGCCGUCAGCUUACAAAAAAAGAUCUCUCUUCUGCGGAUUCAAGAAGUACAGGUGGAUUUCAAACAGAAAGGUAUUCACACCUCGUUUGCUUUGAUGGGACUGCCAACAGUGACUGGGGAUGCUUCCUUCAGCGGCCAGCCGCCAGUUCCUCUAGACGCCGUCGCCAGCACACUGGAAGAAAGUAUUGAAGGGAAACGCUUCAAAGUUUUGUUAACAACAGGCGGCCAAGAGGUUACUCUGACCGCUGUACCCGGAAGUCUCCAAGAAUUGGUGCGGACCGAAGACGGAAAGCUCGUUCCCAUCGUGGAUAAAACCACCGUGAUACCGGCAGUGACGUCACAUGCCCAUGUCCCCAGCGCUAUCGCUCAGUGUGUUGUCUCUCCCAGCAGUUCGCCCAGACGAAGGCGGGACGCCAGCACUCCGCCCUUGCCAUCCCUGCCCCCGGAAUUCUUCGCGAGGAUAGAGUUUACGAUCUCUGGAGAGAACAAGACGAUCUAUCUAGAGGAGUACUUCAACCAGACAGGGAAUAAGGCGGAGAUUCGCGCCCUAGGGCUCUAUGAUGCUGGGGAGGAGACCCGCUACAUAGCCAGUUAUGAUACAAAGGAGUUCUUCACAAUCCAAGAUGACGAAUGUUACACCUCACCACUAUCUUCCUCGGAUUCAUUUAUUUUCCCCUUCAAGAUCGUAAACGGCAAAGAGCGUGUAAUGAGCUCCACCGAGGCUCUGGAGUUUGGUAAGAACGAGAACGAGGUGUACAUGGGCCGAACAACAGUGCGUAACAUACCGGUAGAUCACUGGCGCUCCUGUAUACGUUACCCCAGCGCUGAUAACGAGACCGUCACCAUCGACUAUUACUUUACCGUUAACUCCCUUUGGACGAUGGGUGCCGGAGCUGUGGCUACUCCGAUCAAGAGUGUCUUUCACGGACAGGGCAGGACGACAGAAGGACCGUACGAAUAUUACCAGUAUUAUGAAUAUGUGUAUUUUGAGGAUUACCUGCCGGACGACAACGAACCCUUCAUGACUCCCCCACUGAUGUAUUGUACUGGACGCAAGAACACAAAACCGAUGCCAACCCUUCCGACUCAUUUCACGUUCAGAGCGGAGUCAGUUAUGGACACGAUCUCGUUGGUUAUGGCCUAUGACAUGUGGUACGAUGCUGACUCACAGCUUACACGGAUUGACGGCACUCCGCUAGAGACAGCCGAUAACCAGUACGGAACAGACCCGUUCACGGAGAUCCGCGAUUUCAAGUCAGGAAUCCGUUACACUAUAGACCAAUUGUUGGGGAACUGCUCGGUGACUCCGCUAGAUGUGGACCUCACAGACUCCAGGAACAGUAACGGUAAUGUCGUGCUCAAAAACCAAAAGCAGCUGUUUAACCUGGACGGCGGGAACUUUACGUACGUGGGGCAGCGUAAAGCCCGUAAUAUCCUGACGGACGUGUGGGUGGGACAGAGAACUGACUUCCCCUACGGAACAAACUUGACGUCAACAUGGGAAUGGCAUUUCUCCAAGCCAGGGAUAUACUUCAAUACUGGAGACCCAAGGAUGACUCACCCCGUGGGCUUUGCCGUGAACGUCGGCGAUGUUCCCCUGGGUUAUCAAUACAACAUCAUCGACUUUGAUGACUCCACUAUUGACUCCUCAGCCUUUGACAUCACGCCAUGUUUUGUGGACGAGGAGAUACAGCGGUUCCAGCUUGACCUGAUGACAGCUUCUGGUGAUGCCGUGCCCGACUUUGACUUACUGCCCAUGAAGAAGGGCAUCCGCUCAGCAGUCAUGGCCCGGGCUGGAGUCUCUGCGCUCAGGGUCCAGGAGGUCGAGGUUGAUUACGAUCAGAAGGGCGUGCAUGUGUCAUUCGCACUCCUUGGAACGCCGACCGUCUCGGGUGAUGCCCCUUACAGUGGACAACCUGACUUGCCGCUAGAUGUCGUCGGCUACAAACUGACAACAAGUAUAGAAAACGGAGAUUUCAACGUCACCCUCAACACAGGCGGCCAAGCGGUUGUACUGAAGGCAGUGGUAGGAAGUCUGAAACAGUUAAUAAAAACAGAAGACGGCAAAUUGGUGCUUAUAGACGAUCUGUCUUCCACAUCACCAAAUCCGACAGAUCCUGGUACAUCCGGGCCCUUAGGACACUCGUCCCCUCCCAGCCAAGGGCUCAGCUCCGGUGCGAUUGCUGGAGUCACUAUUGCCAUGACAAUCGUCGGUUCAGUCAUAGGCGCAUGCGUGACCUACGCUUUAUACCGGAAGAGAAUGGUUGGCUACUCCAUACAAAUGGAACGGUUUAAAUGAUGACGUCAGAGACUAUAUUUAUUUUGAUGGAGGACUACCUCUUCUUAGACUGUGAUGUGUAAUAACACCGUGCCAGAAUGUCGUAAAAUUCAUGUAACAUCAAAAUGUAACAGCACAAAUAAAGAUGAAAGCGUUCAAGUCGCAUAGCAAGCUAGAUUAAGGUAAGCCCUUUGGUUUUCAGGGGAAACAAUUGUUUCAUUUACAUAAUAAUAGUACUUUUGUCUUCGCUUUAGGGUAGCAAUUUUCUAAAUGUGAAUAUUCAUGACAAAAGUAACACCCAGUUUCUGUCUAUAUUGAAAACUAAGCUCCCUGAUGACACUUUCGAUUUCAUAUAUUAGUUUAAUGGGCACCAUGUUUCUGUUGUCUUAUACUUUUGUCUUUUAAAUAGACAAGUCCAAAACAAGUUCAUGCUUUAUAGUUAUAGAGAGGAUACGUGGAGACUGUACAGUUAACCAAAGCCAGCACAAAAUUAAGUAACUGAUUCUAACAUAACAAGAGGCUAACUCAUAUUACAGGGUAUUGGUAUUUUCUCUUAAUGUGUGAGCAGGCUAAACGGAAUCAUUUAAUUAGUCUGUACGUUUUACAGAUCACAGACUGCGGCUAAAUAUUACGAUAAGGUAGAUUUUGUACAUGUAUGUAUCAGAUGCGUAAGUUAAUUCCACUUUGUUUAUGUCAUUGAGGUGUAUAUAAUUCCUCCGGUGAACACGAAAUAGUAGCCAGACGUUUUACUUCACAAAGUCGCCUCUUUAAUUAUUUAUUGUCUUGACCUAUAGUUUCGUAAAUACCGUCAGUAUUCAGGUUUAUGAACUAUACUGCAAUGACAUUAUCAUUUUGCUUCUCAUGUUCCAACAAAAUAAAGAAAGGACACUGUUUUGCUACUUAUCAUGCUUGAAAUGUUGAGUCACUUUUCGCCCUUCACCCUUCUAC